AUGGCAACCGCAAAUGGUACAGAUGACGAACUAAGUCUUUUAGGUGGCGAGGAGAUUCCACCGCAGAUGGUUUUACCAUGGGAUCCUUGCCAAUGCAAAGACUGGGAUAGUGAAAAACCAAAACAGCAAUGUAUUUUGCGAAUUAAAAGAGACAUCAUGUCAAUCUAUAGUGAGCCUCCACCAGGAAUGUGUAUUGUCCCUGACAAAGAUGACAUCACAAAGAUUCAUGCAUUGAUCACGGGGCCAUUUGAUACACCAUACGAAGGUGGAUUCUUCUACUUCUUGAUCCGGUGUCCGCCGGAUUACCCGAUCCAUCCACCCCGCGUCAGACUGAUGACAACAGGAGACGGACGUGUCAGGUUCAAUCCAAACUUGUACAAGAAUGGAAAAGUUUGUCUCAGCAUAAUCGGAACUUGGUCUGGUCCUGCCUGGAGCCCAGCCCAGAGUUUAUCCACAGUGCUCAUAUCAAUCCAGUCUCUGAUGAACGAGAAGCCAUAUCACAAUGAACCAGGCUUUGAAAGGGAGAGAAAUGCUGGUGAUACCAAGAGAUACAAUGACAUUAUCUGUCACGAAACCCUGCGAGUAGCCACCUGUGAUAUGCUGGAAGGCAAAUGUUCUUGUCCCGAUGCCCUCAGACAAGUCAUGGAAAAAUCCUUUCCCACAUACUUCGAAUAUUAUGAAUCUGUGUGCAAAACUGGUUUACAUUUGCAAGGACAAACUAUGCAGGAUCCAUUUGGCGAGAAGAGAGGAAUUUUCGAUUACCAGAGCAUUCUGAAGAGACUACAGAAAAUAAAGAAAACUCUUGAAAUGAAACACAGUAUCCAGUCAGAUGAAGAAUCGUCCGAUUCGGGUACAGAGGUCAACACCGACAGCUGAUAACACGGCUUGUGUUGAAAUGUAAUUUAUAGCUGGAAAUUAUUAAAAUGAAACACAGUAUCCAAGCAGAUGAAGGGGAAUCAUCGGACUUGGACACAACAGUUAAUACUGAUAGUUAAUAACACAGCUUGUGUUGAAAUGUAAUUUAUAGCUGGAAAUUAUUAAAAUGAAACACAAUAUCCAAGCAAAGGAUGGGGAAUCCAUCAAACUCUGGGACAGUGGUUAAUACUGACAGCUAAUAACACAGCUUGUGUUGAAAUAUAAUUUAUAGCCGAAAAUUAUUAAAAUGAAACACAGUAUCCAAGCAAAUGAUGAGGAAUCCAUCAAACUCUGGGACAGUGGUUACUACUGACCGAUAAUAACGGCUUGUAUUGAAAUGUAAUUUUUAGCUUGAAAUUAUUGAAUUGAAACACAGUAUCCAAGCAGAUGAAGAAUACUCAUAUCUGGGACAGAUGUCAACACUGACAACUGUUAACACAGCUUUUGUUGAAAUGUAAUUUAUAGCUGGAAAUUAUUUUUCAUUCUUGUGUGUUUGUGACACUUUGGACUUUAAAAAUUUAACAUCUGGUGUAAUAAGAUAUUUGGUUUCUCAUUGGAGUAACCAAUUUUCUAAUUUAUAGCUGGAAAUUAUGUUUCAUUUUUGUGUGUUUGUGAUACUUUGGACCAUGAACAAUUGAACAUCUUGAAUAAUAAGAUAUCUGGUUUCUCAUUGGAGUAACCAAUUUCCUAAUUUAUAGCUGGAAAUUAUUUUUCGACCUCGUGUAAUUGUGACACUUUCGGACCAUAAACAAUUUAACAUCUGGAAUAAUGUGAUUUCUGGUUACGUGCGUUUUUCAUUGGAGUAAACAAAUUUUCUAAUUUAUAGCUGGAAAUUAUUUUUCAUUCUCAUGUGAUUGCGACACUAUGGACUAUGAAAAUGUAAUUUAUAGCUGGAAAUUAUGUUUCGUUCUCGUGUGAUUGCGACACUAUGGACUAUGAAAAUGUAAUUUAUAGCUGGAAAUUAUGUUUUCUUCUCGUGUGUUUGCGACACUGUGGACUAUGAAAAUGUAAUUUAUAGCUGGAAAUUAAGUUUUCUUCUCGUGUGUUUGCGACACUGUGGACUAUGAAAAUGUAAUUUAUAGCUGGAAAUUAUGUUUCAUUCUCGUGUGUUUGCGACACUAUAUAUGGACUAUGAAAAUGUAAUUUAUAGCUGGAAAUUAUUUUUCAUUCUCAUGUGAUUGCGACACUGAGGACUAUGAAAAUGUAAUUUAUAGCUGGAAAUUAGUUUUCAUUCUCGUGUGAUUGCGACACUAUGGACUAUGAAAAAUUCAGAAUUCUACUGACAUGGUUGCUUAUUGAAUUAACCAGUCCACAUUUGUACUAUUCAUUAAGCUAUGUUGAUACAGAUAUUAAUGCUUCGUUCAUUUGAUGUUCGUGAAUAUCGUGAAUUCACAUUUCCAAAUUAUAAACAUGACUUCACCAAGUAGAGAGUGUUCAGGCGAUUUAUAGAAAAUCUGCACUGUCAUUCCAAUCUCAAACACCCCAAUAAUUGCAUACAUGAUUUGUGUUUGUACUGCCAUUUUUGCACGAGUUGUGAAGAUUUAGACGGAAAGUCCUACCCCAGUUCACAAGUUGUGUUCACGGGUUAUUUCACCAAAUGAACGCUCUUCACUUGUGAAUUGGGAAAUACAAUAUUCACGACUUCUAAUGAACACUAUAAGCAUCAGUCCUUAAACCAAAACAAAGACAGGGUAGAAUUAUUUCUUAAUAUAAAUAUCAGAAUUCCUAUUUUUAUUAAGAUUUUAAUAAAUGAAAUUGGACAUAUAUUUUCAAGUACUGUAUAUACAUUAUUUACUAUGACAUCUAUUUAAUAUUUCAAUGAAAUAUGUUAUGCAUCAUGUCGUAGAGAUAACAGUAUAUUAAUAAAAAUCAGCCUAGAAAAUGUAUGACCGCAAUUAGCAGUGCCGACGCCAAAAAGCUGUUACAAAAUUGAUCUGUGACGGUAUUUUUACCAUCAUCGCAUAUUUUUAUUAUCUGUACUAAACUGCAGUUGCAAAGUGAUCUGAAUUUUGAGGGCUGUAAUUUAUACAGAAUACAACCUAGGACGCAUAAGUCAUCUUGGUGCUAUGAAAUCGUAAAACCAUCGUAAGUUGUGACAUCAAUACAGCACGUGCCAUAGUGACGUCAUACACAUGUAGCUUAUAUGGGUUUUACGAUUUCGUAGGCUUAGAUUGCUUCAAAAAUAUGGGCCUAGGGUCACAUUUUAUGAAGCAGUCUUAACACUAAAAUCGUCUUAAAGGCAAACUGUCACAGAUUUAAGGAUCUUAUUUCUCUGAAAAUGAAUAAUAAAUCAAAAUUACAUUAAUUUUUACAGACCAAAUCUAGCUAUUGCAUCACUUAAACUACACCAUGAUGGAGUGAAAUCC